AAGGCCCUCCUCCGAGCAGAGGGAGACUCUGUCCUCCACACUUUUCAUGUCCAGCUCAACCUCCACCCAGCACUCCUCCAAACCGGAUUAAACAACUUAAAAAGGUCCCUCCUUUAUCCAUCACCCACCAGAUUUCUUCCUCGUUUUAUAUCGUUUUCUUUCAAUUUUUACUGUCUUCUCUUGUUUCCCUUUUAUUAAAUCAUUGGUUGGUCCGGUUCAUUGAUUGGUAUAAAGUCACUACCCCACCAAAAAUUUGAUCUUUGCCUUCCUUCCCAUUUUCAAAUCCCAUGGCUUCCAUGGCCGCCGCCGCCUUCGCCAGCACCCCUUCCGCCCGCCGCCGCCGCCCCCCGCCGCGCCUUUCGCCGAGUACCCAUUUGUCCCCUCCCCCCGCCCUGUGCGUCCCCCGCCGCGCCGCCGACGAGGGGGGCCGCCGCCGCCGCCGCCACCCGGGGCUCCGGGUGCGGUCGGGGCUGAUCGAGCCGGACGGGGGGCGGCUGUCGGAGCUGGUGGUGGAGGAGCCGCUGCGGCGGGCGAGGGCGCGGGAGAGCCUGGCGCUGCCGCGGGUGAAGCUGUCGCGGAUCGACCUGGAGUGGGUCCACGUGCUGAGCGAGGGGUGGGCCAGCCCGCUCCGGGGUUUCAUGCGCGAGUCCGAGUUCCUCCAAACUCUUCAUUUCAACGCCCUCCGUCUCGCCGACGGUUCGGUCGUGAACAUGUCCGUCCCGAUCGUGCUGGCCGUGGACGACGCCGACCGGCACCGGAUCGGCGAGUCCAGCAAGGUUGCGCUCUUCGACGCCGACGACAACCCCGUCGCCAUCCUCAGCGACAUUGAGAUUUACAAGCACCCUAAAGAAGAACGGAUUGCGAGGACAUGGGGAACCACUGCGCCAGGUCUGCCAUAUGUUGAGGAAGCCAUAACCAAUGCUGGGAACUGGUUGAUUGGGGGCGACUUAGAGGUGUUGGAACCGAUCAAGUACAAGGAUGGUCUGGAUCGAUUCCGACUCUCACCCGCAAAUCUCCGCGAGGAAUUCACUCGGCGGAAUGCGGAUGCAGUGUUUGCUUUCCAGCUAAGGAACCCAGUCCACAAUGGGCAUGCCCUGCUGAUGACUGACACACGCCGUCGACUUCUUGAGAUGGGGUACAAGAAUCCCAUCCUUCUUCUUCAUCCCUUGGGAGGCUUCACAAAGGCUGAUGAUGUUCCCCUUAGCUGGCGAAUGAAGCAACACGAGAAGGUGCUCGAGGAUGGUGUUCUUGAUCCUGAGACAACUGUUGUCUCAAUAUUCCCUUCUCCCAUGCACUAUGCUGGCCCGACAGAGGUGCAGUGGCACGCAAAGGCUAGGAUCAAUGCUGGGGCUAACUUCUAUAUUGUUGGUCGAGACCCAGCUGGUAUGGGCCAUCCAGUUGAGAAACGAGACUUGUAUGAUGCUGACCAUGGGAAGAAGGUGUUGAGCAUGGCUCCUGGACUGGAGAGGCUAAACAUUCUUCCGUUUAAGGUUGCUGCUUACGACAAAACACAAGGGAAAAUGGCAUUUUUCGAUCCUUCAAGGCCUCAAGAUUUCCUUUUCAUUUCGGGCACUAAGAUGCGAACACUUGCGAAGAACAAAGAGAGCCCACCUGAUGGCUUCAUGUGCCCCGGUGGUUGGAAAGUAUUGGUCGACUACUAUGACAGCCUGGCACCUGCAGACAACGGCAAAGUUCCGGAAGCUGUUCCAGCUUAAGGCGGGACCUACCGUGUGAUUAUGUACUAGAUUUGUUUGGAAGAAAACCUAAAGCCUCUGACUCCUGGGUGCUCCAUAUCCCAGAGUUACGCAUCAACUUCUCGGAAUAAAAUCCAAGCAGGUCAUUGGUGCAGCUAUAAAUAUAUGCAAGACUUGCCUGGAAUUGUUAUUGGGAGUGCUCGUUGUUGCGUGCAUGCGAGCCCAUUGUAAAAUAUGGUGGUUGUGUUUAAUGAAGUGCAGAUAGUGUCUUGUGUA